UGAAGCGGCUGUUACGCGGAAGGAGAGGGGAGGAUCCGGGGCGCAGGAGAUCUCCGGUUUCCCCAAACAAUAGUCGACAGGACGCGAUGGUCGCCUUUUUUUUUUUUUUUUUUGGGUGAAACCACAGGGAAGUUUAGGACCCUCAUCGGUUCCUAUUGUUGCCCCCCCCACACACACACUCACACACACCGAGGCCACGUAGCUCUGUGGAUGCAAGGUUUAAACGUGGAAGGAGUGUUUGUGUUUUUUAUGGCUGAUCCAAAGAGAGAGAGAGAGAGAGGGGAGGGAGAGAUGAGAUGCGCAUGGAGGGAAUAAUCGCGUCCAGUUUGAUUUGUACAGGCCGAAGAGGGUUUUUUUGAAUGUUCUCCUCGGUGUUGGAGGAUCUGAGUGCGUCCAUUCAUUUGCUGUGAGGGCAAAGAAAAAGGAAAAGGAGCAUUUAUUUUUUUUGGGAGGAGGGGGGGGAUAAUUUGGCAUCAGGACGCGACCGGUGGGCCCUGGGAGUCUCCCAUUGUCCUGCCCUGCUCCAACACCCUCCUUCUUUUUUCUCCUCAUUUUGUAGGUCGCACAACUCUUUUAUAUUCGCCACUAAAUGCUCCCGGAUGCUUACAAUCGCAGCCACCUCAGCUCUCCCCUGCUGCGACUCUCCUACCCACCGUCCUCUCCCACCCCUCUUCUCCUCCUCUCUGUAGCCUCCCCCCGCUCUCCCUUCUCCCUUCUCCUGCUCCAUCCUCGUCGGCCUCCAAGAUAGAUUCCCUCAGGAGCAAGGUUGACCUGCUCAAGCUGCCCCUCGCUCUCUCCACCAAGUCCAUCUCCGAGCGCAAGAGCCAGCUGGGAGGAGUCGGCGAGCAGCGCGGAACGGGGGGAGGAGGAGGAGGCGGGGCCCGUAAAGCCCGCUCACUGACGACCCGAGACAUGGACAACGAGUCGCAGUACUCGGGCUACUCAUACAAGUCCUCCCACUCCAGAAGCUCCCGCAAGCACAGGGAUCGGAGGGAUCGCCACCGCUCUAAGAGCCGAGACAGCAGCAGUCGUGGAGACAAAUCGGUCACCAUCCAGACUCCCGGAGAGCCUCUGCUGGAUGCAGAGUCAACCCGCGGAGAUGACAGGGAUGAUAACUGGGGCGAGACCACCACCGUCGUCACCGGCACCUCAGAACACAGUAUCUCUAACGAGGACCUGACCCGCGUCACCAAAGAAUUGGAGGAGUCGACUCCGCUGGAGUGCAAGCGCUUCGUUGGCCCGGCUCUGGGAGGCUGCCUGAGCUUCUUCGCCCUGGUCACGCCUUUAGCCUUCCUCAUCCUCCCGCAGGUCCUGUGGCGUGAUGCCCUCGAGCCUUGCGGGACGCCCUGCGAAGGCCUCUACGUCUCUCUGGCCUUCAAGCUCCUGGUGCUGCUCAUCUCCUCCUGGGCGCUGUUUCUGCGGCCUCCUCGCGCCACGCUACCACGCUUCUUUGUCUUCCGCUGCCUGCUGAUGGUGCUAGUGUUCCUCUUCGUGGCGUCUUACUGGUUGUUCUACGGCGUGCGGGUGCUUGAGCCCAGGGAGAGGGACUACAGGGGGAUUGUGGAGUACGCCGCCUCGCUGGUGGACGCUCUGCUCUUCAUACAGUACCUGGCUCUGGUGCUGCUGGAAGUCCGACACCUGCAGCCGGCCUUCUGCCUCAAAGUGGUCCGGAGUACAGACGGAGCCAGCAAGUUCUACAACGUGGGCCACCUCAGUAUCCAGCGGGCAGCUGUCUGGGUGUUGGACCGUUAUUACAACGACUUCUCCGUCUACAACCCUGCCCUCCUCAACCUGCCCAAGUCCAUCCUGUCCAAGAAGAUGACCGGCUUCAAGGUCUACUCCCUGGACGAAAACACCACCAACAACUCCACAGGCCAGUCCCGGGCCAUGAUAGCAGCCGCCGCCCGGAGGAGAGACAACUCCCACAAUGAGUUCUACUACGAGGAGGCCGAGAUGGACCGCAGGGUCCGAAAACGCAAGGCCAGGUUGGUUGUGGCGGUGGAAGAGGCCUUCACACACAUCAAGCGUCUCCAUGAAGAUGAGGUCGCCUCGUCUCCCAAACACCCGAAGGAGGUGAUGGAUCCUCGGGAGGCGGCUCAAGCCAUCUUCGCCCCGAUGGCCCGAGCCAUGCAGAAAUACCUGAGAACCACCCGGCAGCAGGCCUUCCACAGCAUGGAGAGCAUCCUCACACACCUGCAGUUCUGCAUAACACACAACAUGACGCCCAAGGCUUUCCUGGAGCGAUACCUCUCCCCAGGCCCCACCAUGCAGUACCAGCAGCCGAACGGCAGGGGGCGCCAGUGGACUCUAGUGAGCGAGGAGCCAGUGACUUCAGCCCUGCGCCAGGGUCUGGUUUUCUCGCUGCGACGCCUGGACUUCUCCCUGGUCGUGACGGUGACGCCGCUCCCCUUCCUGCGGCUCGGGGAGGAGUUCAUCGACCCCAAGAGCCACAAGUUCGUCAUGAGGCUGCAGUCGGAGACCUCGGUGUGAAGGCGGUCUCGUCUUUUUCCCCCAUUCUGUCCUCCUCUUCCUCGCGCUCGCUCCCGCUGGACCACUCUCAUGGCGGCGGGGUGUGGGGGGGGGCUCAUGUGGACGCCAUGUGGUUCCGCUCCCAUCCAAUCAUUUCCACUGUCUGUGACAAAGAAACCAUUCAAGGAGGGGGGGGGGAGUGUCUGAGUCCUCCUUCCUGUUUUAUGAUCAUCACAGACGCUCUGAUAUCAAACUGUGAUCAGCUCAACGAUUGUCCAAAACCUGGAAUCAAACAGAUGCCUUGACUUUUUUCUUUCUCUGUGUUGUCUUCGCAACACGCUGUACACAAAAACAAAAAAAGGGGGGACUUUUUCUCUUUUUUCCACCUCUUUUUUGCUGUAACCACUGGACUACUUUACUGUGCUUACUCAACAUGAACAUGAACACCAGAGGUGGGGGGGGAUUACAUCACAUUUGUCACUUCCUCUUACUCAUGUCUUAAGAACAGACCAACUGGAGCUCGGCUCUGACUGCAACGCUGGUGUACCACUGCCUUUAGGUUCCCUGUCAGUGUAUUGUUUGAGAUGACGAGGACUGUUUUUUAUAUUAAAGGGUGUGACUGUUUGUUUUUGUUUUGUUUUUUUUUAACUUACAGAAUGUAGCAUUAUGUGCGUCGCAUUAACGCGUGGCUUUUCUGCGGCCCGAAGGCCAAAAUGUCUUUUUAUCUGACUGUAAAGAAAAAUGGAAGUACAUUCCAACAAGUUGUUGCUACUCCAGCCUCUGUAUGUUCACGACUGUCUCAAUAUGCAGCUUUUGUUUUAUUCUACACUGGCAUUUUUUACUAUUAAUUUUACAGUUUUAGCAAGAAGACUUGAACAAAGACCCCAUUUUUCGCCUGUUAUUAUGCAAUGUGUAUCUGCGUAUGCUGUCUCGAUAAGCCUGUUAAAGCAUAAGCCCGGUGUUAUUCUGAAUUUUUUCAUCCAAUCCCAUAAAAAGACCAGAAUAACCAACGGUGUGUUAGCUCGUCUCUCGAUACUUUCAUUCCUACUGAAGUUGGAAAUCUUUAAAAACAUCAACUUUCAUUAUAGAAACUUCCAAAUAAAUUCUAAAAACAGCGGUGCACUGUAGUUUGUAGCAAACGUUGCUAUAAAAAGAGUAAAUAUUGUAUUCAGUGGGCAGUAUGUUAAGUCGUUGACACACCAGUGAGUAUUGAUGACAACAGGACGUGUCUGUGGGAUUAAUUUAAAAUAAAUUAUAAUGCCCAUUUUUGGUGGCAGUGAAGAGAAUAUGCCACCCAGUGCAACAGUCUGACUCACUGGUGUGUUUUAAUAGUUGCCUUUCUGGCUUUGGAUACACAAAUAACACUUUGUUAGGAUGAUCAAUUGAUUGUUUGUUUGUUUUUUGUCAUGAGAAUUAAAAAAAAUUAAGAGUACUGCCAGAUUUAUCCUUUAAUGCAUCAGAACUACUAGAUCUACCACUGGGUGGGUUAGAUGGGAUCUGGAGGUCUGGAUUGCGUGACUAGUGGUCAGUGUGUACACAGUCUUUACAGUUUUGCCGAAUUUAAAAGGAAAACAAAUACACAACAAGCUUAAAGGUCACCUAACGCUAUUACUUCCUGCCAGUUGAAGCCGCAAUAAUCAACACACGAUCACUCCCACUGCAAAUGGAAAAAUGUUUAGGGCUUAAAGGUUCAACCUAAGGUCCAACUCACAUGUUGUUUCCAGGCCGUCUUCGAACAGGCAGUGGGGUUACGAUCUCCCCCUCAUAUAUGAAAACAAAUACUUCUAUACUAUCUCUGUCUUCUGAGAAAUCUUUGGUUUUAUUUUAUUGUCAAUAUUCCAAUAUAAUCUAUUUAUAAUAAUAUAAUAUAACAUAUCGUAUUUGUCAGGGAUAGAAUUAGUAUGUUAAGUCAUGUCGUGGGCUCAUUUCCAACCUUUUAUCAAGACUCAUACAGACAUUUAAUGUCUGAUAUUGAGUUACGUGAAUGGUCGAUAAAAUCGAUAAAAGAUACCAGACACCUGAAAACAAAGUUAUAUCAUGAAAGACAGCAGGUGUGAAACAAGAUGCAAGUGUUUAUUAUAAAAACAUAUUAACACCUAAGAAGACAUUCAAUCAGGCAGCCAUUGUUCAGCCUUUAUCAUGAGCUGUUGUUGAAAGCUUUGGAAAUGACACGCAAAUUCUACCUGGGGGUCAAUUUUAAUUUAUUUUUGUCUGACAUUGAACCUGCCUGAGCUCUGCCUAUCUAAUUUGCAUAUUUAUUUCCAAUCACAAUGCAAAAUUGAGACAUGAAGAACACUUAUUAAUACCAGGUGUAAAUCCAGAGGCCUGUGAUCUCAUUAUCCAGAUACACAUCACAUAUUAAUACCAGGUGUUACAUGGGGUUUGUGGUCUAUUACAGGCUUUUUUUUUUUUUUUUUAUCAAUAUCCACUUUAAGCUGUAGUUAAACUACGAGCUGACUUUGAUGGUUUUUAUAAGUGUUUUUUGAUACAUUUCAACAAAGAUCCCAAACCAGACGUGUGAUUGUAACUCCUCUCUGCGGCUCCUCUGCAGCAGUAGCGUAUCACCGCCUCGCCUUGUGCCCACGAGCUGAACCAAGCACAGUGAACACGCCGCCUCCAUCCGACAGCCUUACUCCCCCAGAUGUGGAGGACCAGCGAUGGGGGCACAUCUGUCCCUCGCACUGACCCCCUUCUUCUCUUUCCACGUCCCUAAAACUCACUGUAACACCGAAAACUCGCCCUCAUGUUUAGCCUCUCUCUGUUGUAACUACCUUCAGUAUGUUGAGCCACAGCACUACUGACUGUCUGCGUUUCUUUCCAGUGAAAACAUGGUUUCAACAAGCCCUUUACAGUUCUGGAAAAUAUCCAAACAGCAGGUCCGAUGUGUGAAGUUUCAUCCGAGUGAUCAAAAUGCAGAUGUUUUUUUUGUUUUUUUUUUUACAAAAAAAAAGAAAGCAUGCUAGAGUUAUUUCGGGCUCCAAAACUUUUUUAUAAUAACUUGUUUUCUAUCCUUUUGAAGGUGCCUAAGUUAUGAUGAUGCAAUUUUACGAAUGUUUUUACUUUUGAAAAACAAGUGGCUUGUAAAAAGAAUUUGUAGAUUUGUCUUGUAUUUUCUUCAUUUUGGUAACUUGUAGCUUGUAUAGUGUGUUAGGCAUUUCAUUAUUAAACCAUUUAUUCCUUAUA